AUGACCGGACCAUCAGACAAUUACAACAUCGUAGACUUGAGAGAGGAAUUCAUGGUUUCACUUUCACCCACAGGUGACAAUAAACCAACUCUCAGAGCAGCCCAUUUUCUCCAACCCUCUGUAACCUCCAUAAAAGAACCAUUCUUUGAGCUUCCUUCACUCUCGCCCACUUCCCUGCCACCCACUUUUGAGCCCUCCGAAUGGCCUUUGAAGGUCACCUACAGCGGCUGGCAAACCCCACCUAGAGAUUGGAAAAAUUGGGUCGGUUGCUUGCAACCCAAUUAUCAAUCUUUGUGGAAGAAAGUCGGUAUCUUUGAAGCUAUCAGCAAUUCUAAGUACGUAAUCCAAAGAAACCAUGACAUGGUUAUUGGCAUUGCUGAGAGGUGGUGCUCUGAGACCAACACAUGCAUUUUUCCUUGGGGUGAAGCAACGCUCACAUUGGAGGAUACAAUGGUUUUGGGAGGUCUCUCUGUUUUGGGAGAGCCUGUUUAUAGCCCUGUCGAAACGCAAGAGUUGAAGGAAAUAGAAAGGAAACUGAAUCAAGCGCGAGCUGAAGCUAUUAGGAGUAAAGCUCGUAAGGCCUGCCCACAUUUUUGGAUAAAGGAGUUUAUGAACAGUGGAAGCGAGAUCGAGCACGAAGCAUUUCUUGUUUUUUGGUUGUCAAUGUUUGUCCUCCCUAAUUCUAGAACUAUCAGGCAGCAAGUUUUCCCUGUUGCCAUUCAUCUCGCUAAAGGGACCCGAAUCGCGCUUGCCCCUGCAGUUCUUGCUAGCAUUUACAGGGAUUUGAGCUCGUUGAAAAAGACCAUCGUUGCUCUGAACAAGUCUUGCCCUGUUGAGGAUAAAAACAGAGUCUUUGAAGUAGUUGUACGGUCACCGCUUCAGUUAGUUCAGCUUUGGGGGUGGGAGAGGUUUCCAUCAUUGCAGCCAAAGCGGAAUUUGGUCAUAUGCGUUGAACCAGCAUUUUCUCGAUGGCAUAAAGUUAAAAGUGUGAAAAUUGAUAAUGUGAGGUUGGCUCUGGACUCGGCUGGAAAUGGUUUUCUUUGGCGCCCUUAUGCUUCAUAUACAUAUAAGUGGGACUUUCCAAAAUUAUAUGGAGAAGAGGGAAUAUGGGUGCCGGUUGAUUCUAAUUUGGAUGAAGAAAUUGAGGCAUUUGCUCUGUUCUUGAGGGUCUCCGAGCUUGUUGGACUUGAGUGUAUAGAACAGUACUUCCCACAUCGUGUUGCAUUGCAAUUUGGAAUGGAUCAAGAUCUUCCGGGCUAUGUUGCUCGAUGCAAUAAGAGUCCUGAAACUGCCUGGAGCAAUUACAGUAAGCCGAUAAGUGAGGAGAAAUUAUAUGUUCCGUCCAGGAUUUCCAAGGGUGAUGUUACCACUCGUUACUUGGAGUGGUGGAAGCAAUCGAUAAGGGAAAGAAGCAUGAAGGCAGUUGAUCAAGCACUGCAGGCUGCAAAAGGUAAUGAUGGCGAUGUUCCACCUGGUUUUCCACUGAAAUGUAACAAUGUUGAUAAACCAACGGAUGUGGAAGAUGAAACAAUACCAAAACUGGUGUUUCAGGCUUCAAUGGGAAAGAAGGGAGGUAAUGAUGCUGAUGUUCCACCGGGGUUUCCUCCCAAAUGUAACAAUGUAGAGAACUCUGUCAAUGAAGAUAAAUCAGCAGGAGAAGGAAUGAGAUAUUAUGGCCAAAGUUUUUCAGCUUCAGUUGGGAAAGAUGGAGCUGUCAGAAAGAUGGAGUCAAUGACAAAAAAUAGAGGUGAAGCUGAAGUAGGAAACCUUGUUUACAACAUGGUUGAAAUACCAGGACUGGAACUUGAAACUCGGAUUAGUAAGCUGGAGAGAGUGGUUGCUGAGCUAAAAGCAGCAAGAUUUAGCCGCAGGUUUGAGGAAUAG